GCGCCACCCACCACGACUACGCAAGCUCCGUUGCGUCUCCCUUCUCCAACACGCCACCGCAACCUGGUGGGAGCGUACAGCUUUUUGCCUUUUCAUUGAAUGCAAGCCAUAUUCUGGUCAUGAUUUGAUGACCGCUCCCGCUCAACGUGUGCUGCAAUUCGCAACGCUUCCAGACCCUCCACUCUCAACUCUUAACCUACCUAGACGAAGCUGCCGAUCGCUCACGAAGCAUCUCUAUCGAACGAACCAUUACAGACAGCGAAAGCUAGAAAUCAAGACACUAGACUGGACCAUAACUUCUGAGACGCAUCGCCGAUUAUCAAAUAGACGUUAACGGACGGUCGCCGCCGCCACCGCCGCGAUGGCUGCUCACUACGACUUCACGAGCGAUAGUGACAAUCUCUAUGCGACGCUCCCAGGCUCGUCCGCUAUGGAGUUUGUCCCCCAAAACAUGACCCCUAUGAAGUCUAAUUUGUCACCGGAAAGAGAAGUUGCAGGCUGCCACCCAACGCGAUGGAUUUAUGAGCUGCUCAACAACGACUUUACAGUGUGUGAUCUGUUCGAACGAGCUAGACAGCUGACGCCGGACGACUCAAGACUAUGGGAACACACUCACCGACUGGUGAUGAACGGAAACCAAAGCUUCAUGGACCGCUCGUCGAAACUAAUCUCGGCCCUUUGUCUCGAUUGCCACUUCCACUUUGUCUUCAAGAUGAAGUGGGACGAAAACCAUUCAUAUUCACUUUGUAACUCUACCUCAGCAUGCUGGCCACUGCCAGAUGAUCGAUUUCCAUGGCAUCACCUAGUAUGGGUGGGAUCGGAUACCGACGCUAGCAUCGCCCAAGACAACUCAAAAUAUUAUCCCCUACUGGCACGAGAAAACUUUGUAUGCUCAGCACCGCCUUGUACAUUUCAAGUGACUCUGGAGGUAUCACAACCGAGAAUGGCCCGGGAAUGGACGCAAAUAUUGCUUGAUUACGAGGGAAAUCGAAAACAACUCGAAAUUGAAAGGCUUGAGAACCCUGAACGAUUUGAAGAUGCUAAGGACGAGUGGACUCUGCAGGCACCUCUCAACCUCAAUACAUAUCUCAAGAAUCAACUUGAAUCCACACCUGAGACGACUCGAAGCAUCUCAAAACGAAACAAGAGAUUCUGUGUUACAUUUGGCACUCGUUCUUUUCCCAUGUUUCGAGGUCUUGAGUUUGAUGAGAAGAUAGAGAUGAGUAAUAGCUAUGAUGACGGUUCAUUCACGCCUUCGCCGCCAUCGCCACCUGAAGGCCCCAACAAUUCAACAGAACUUGGGACUUACAGAGCGUACAUCGAAGACGUUCGUGCCGAAGUUCAGAGCCUUAUUCAUCGUGGAACUCGCCAGCCUGAACCCCCAUCCUUUAUGACGGACGUUCUCUACGCUGAUCUUGGAUGCGUCGAAGUAACAGGUGUUGAUAUCGCGCCUUAUGUUAAGACGGAACGGUACAAGCUCCUCGGUGUUUUACCUGGCCAAUCUAGAGAAAUUGUCACAAGCGCUUACCGACGUCAAUGGGACCUCAUGCCGAGCCGACGGAGAGAUUUGGUAAUGUCAUUAAUGGCUAUUGCCCAUGACAGUCAGGAUGACUAUUUAUCUGAUUACGCCAUUGCGCAAUCGUCGUUAUUUGAGAGCCAGGAACAAGCACCUCACAUUAUUGACGAGGAUAACGAAAUUUUGCAAUCCCUAGCAUACUUGGGCCUGAAGCCGCCAAAUAGACAUGGCGCCGAUGACGUUAUUCAAGCUUUUCGACAGAAGCUUGCAAAAGCGCCUGGUGAGGCUAGUACAGCACGCAAUGUCUUGAUGACGCUGGCGCAAGGAUCGAAUGACGAUAUGUAUCAAGCAAAGCUUCUUAUGGAAACUGAUACAAAAAUGUCGUUGGAUACAGCACGAGCCAUUCUAGGGGUUGAUUCUGGUUCUGACGAUGGUGUUGUUGCAGUCCAAGCUGCACGGGAUAAAGUCCUCGCGGCCAAGACUAGAGAAGAGAAGGAAGUUCUCCUUGAUGCUCUCGACUCUAUUGCUGAGCACACAUCAUCUCACGUGGUCAAACAUAGUGUUAUGGAACUCCGACAUGCCUAUGGCACAUACGGUGCUGGUGCCAUGACCGAUAAGAACAAGAAUUGCCCAGUAGACUUUACAUUGCCUGUCGGUUUGGACAAUAUAGGAAACACGUGUUAUCUGAACAGCUUGCUACAAUAUCUCUAUACGGUUGAACCAGUGAGAGAAGUUGUCCUCGGGUUCGAUGAGUACGCUCUUGGGCUGAACGACGACUAUAUUGAAAAACGGCGAAUUGGUGGCAACAAGAUGCAAAUGGACCGCGGCGAAGCUGUAGUAGCUCGAGCCUUUGCACAAGAACUUGCGAAGCUAUUCCAAACGCUAAAGACUUCAGAUAAGAGCGCGACAAGACCUUCCCAACGCCUCGCCAACGCUGUCUUGCUCUCUACACACACCCUCCUUUCAAGUGCAAAGAAUCAGGCAGAUGUUAAAGAUGGCAGCGAUGUACCACCACCACCUGGACCUCCACCUAAGACCCAGGUUGAAAGCGAAGCUGAUGAUGACACGGCUGCUACCGAUGUUACGAUGCUCGAUACACCUGCUACUGAUACAGACAGCAUAUCAAGUUCACAAACUUUGAUUGACGCUGAUGGGGUGGCCAUCACAAGCAAAGGUCCUAAGCGGACAGCUGUACUUGAUGUAGCCGUGUCUGAAACGAAAUCUGAAGAGCAAACAGCGCAUGUGGAAGCCAAGGAUACAAAUAUGUCUGACACAGAAUCGUCUGAUGUUGACCAAAAGGUGCUCACUGCUCUCGAGCAUCAAAAGAGAUCUUCCGGAACCGACCAGCAGGAUGUCGAAGAGGUCAUGGGCAGCAUUAUUAACCGCCUUCAAGCGGCGAUUCGACCGAGCAGCAUUGAUGAAAGUACUGGCAUUCAGUUGGAAAAGAUUAUGGAGACCUUUUUUGUCACCACGGUGAACUAUACCAAAAAGUUUGACGACAGCAAAUAUCAGCAGGAAAUCAGCUUUGAUCGUGCAUUGACGGCCUUUCCAGCCCCUGAAGGGCCUUGCUCGCUGUAUGACGCUUUGGGCCGCAAUUUUGAUCAGCAGAUUCUCGCGGAAAGCAAGCUCUCGCGCUACACUGCUAUUAAGACACUGCCUCCUAUUCUUCAUAUUUUGAUCCAAAGGACGCAGUCAACAGGAAGUAAAAACGGAAAUGCGGUUGUGAUUCCCGAAACGCUCUAUCUUGAUAGAUAUAUGGACAAGAAUCACUCGUCACCUGCCUUCAAAAGUCGAGUUGAGGAUUGGGUGAUUACAGACCGGAUUGCGGAUAUCAAGUCGCAGCUGGCAAAGAUUGAGAGCAACCCGCCAUAUCUCGGAUUAUUAGAGAGCGGUGGUCAGCAAAGUAAAGAAACUCUUGGAGCUGGAGCCAUAGACGCAGAUCUUGAAGCUCCUGUUGAAAUUGGCCUUGGAGAAGAGAACUGGGACUUUGAUGGCCCUGUUGAUGAUGAUUUUGUUUUGAUAUCCAACCAAAGUAAGGAUGCCGGGGUAUCUUGGCCUCCUCUACCCAUACGAGACGUUCGGGAAACACACGAGUCCAUCCUACAAAUGAUGCAAGACGAACUAAAAAUGCAUCAAGACAAUUUAUCGACGCGUCUUGAGGGAGAAAAGGAGAUUGCUUACCGUCUGCAUGCUGUCAUUUGUCAUCGUGGGCACCUUACAUCGGGCCACUACUGGGUUUGGAUCCGCGAUUUCCAAGAUGGAGUCUGGCGGUGGUACAAUGAUGCCGACGUCAAAGAAAACAAGGACACAGAGGAGGUUCUCAAGACUCUUAGUAAUGGCGGAGAGCCUUACUUCUUGUGCUACGUGCGAGACGAAGACAAGGACAAGUAUGUCAGCGUGCCCAAACGCGACGUACCGGAACCGGUGCAAGUCGAGGAACCUGCCCCCGCUGCCCCCGAGCUCCCCGGAUCACCCCCUGGUCUCGUUGCAGAUGAGGCGCCAGCGGACAUUGAUGAGCGCAUGGACGAUGAUUUAGUGGAAAUUGAGGCACCUGUGAAGGAUAGAACAUCAGGGUGCGAAGAGCCGUCAUUGCUGGAUUAA